AUGGCGGUCGGCGCGCUGCGGCUACUCGCGGGCGACGCUGCGGUCAUCUUGGCGGUGGACCGGUCAGCGACACGGCGCGCGCUCCUCGCGCCGUUUCUGCGAGACUGGCUCUCCGCCGGGGCAGAGUGGGGGACGGCCUUGAGAGCCGGCCCUCUCCCCGCGGCUUGCGAUAAGCUGUUGACUGUGUCGGCGAGCGGCACCGCCGAGGGGCUCGGAAUGGACAAGAAGUUCAUUUCAACUUCAUCAGUGGUUACUUCUUACACUCAGGCGAGCGGCACCGCCGAGGGGCUCGCGGCGUCCUUUGCGCUGCUCGCCGCGGGCGCGGGACUCCGGGCCCCUCUCUCAAUCGCUAGAUGA